ACCGCAUGGGAACAAUGCCCAGUACUAAACAAUGUGUUGGACGAGUGCCCAACGCGGACUCAGUGAACUCGGCAAGUAGCGCAUAUAUAAGCCUGGAAAGUCCCCAGUUCGGGGAGUCUGCUCCGGGUUAAGCUAAUCGCCGAGCGUGGGUCACGGGCGGCACCUCCGCAGAACUGACGGCUCCCAGUUCCAGUAAUUCGUGGAAUCCGGAUCAUGGCAUGGUGGUGGGCCCUGAAUGUGCUAUGGACUGUUGGAAUCCUGGGUCGGAGUAUGUCAAGACCCGGGUCGGAAGAAACGAAACACAAUGCUGGUGCUCUGGGACAGAUCGUCAGCUGGGAAGCCAGUGACCAAGAGCGAAGGCAGGACAAUUUUACGUGCCCCUCCGGACAACGAUGUGACAUUAUGACUAUCACCAGCAAUUGCACGUUGUAUCGAUGCAAGGGCAGCUUUGAGGAUGCAAACACAACAGUGGCCCCGGGCUGCGCACUGACCAUUCACACCCGGGUGAAUAUGUGUUCCGAAGGACAGUGUCAUGAGGGUGGUAUUGAAUGGACUAUUAUUACCGCCAACGACGAAAUGAGGAUUACCAAUGGGACGCCAAUCACUGGCAGAGGCCCAAUGGACUGGUUAAUCAGGGGAGAGUCUGGCAUCCCAAAACAUCAACCACCUUCCGACUGCCAGUCAUACCCGAAUGUAACCCUAAACGGCGACGACGGGCAUGGUACGAUACCUUGUUAGGAGGGGCAGGGACAGUAAUGGGGAUAUCCAAUGCUAUAGACUCUGAAGUGACCCGUACUAAAUUAUCCAGUACGGGGCAAGCAACUGCACAAGGCCUGUACACUAUUGGCCGAUGGAUGCCGUCGGCCAUGAUGACGCAGGAAGAGACUGCACGAAUUUUGCUGCAUUCCUUAAAAUGGGAAUUGGACGUGUGGGAUUCGACUCAACGGCUGUUCCAAAAUUUUACUGUACAGAUGAACUGGACAAUUUGCGGUAUCCAAAUGCUGCAUGCACAUUUGCAAAAAGAACGAUUUUUACGAAUAGUCACUUCGCCUAAUGUUCAGGCCUGGCGAGGGGUGUGGAACGUAUCUGAGAAAUUAUGGAUGAACACCGAUCCGGACAAAACAUGGUGUAAUGCAACGCUGUGUAAAGGACAUUUUGUAACCUUGAAUGUAACUGAUUUUGUGACGGUGUGCCGAUAUUACGUAUUGCCGGUCAUUACAUCUGAUGGAUAUUACUUUCUCAAAACAAAAGGGAAUUGGUUCAGUCCGGACACCAAUCUUACCUAUGACUUGUCCGCGUGUGAGCAGGCGGAUCAAGGAAAGGCCUGUCUGUUGAUGGAUCGAUAUCGAGACCCGUGCCUUACAGAAGACACGGCUUUGUGUGAAUGGAUGAUUGAGGCACCCCGAGAUAUGAUGUGGCAGAUUGGUCCCCAUACGCUCUGUGUGGCCACUAGUCAUGCCCAUGCCUUACUCCCGACGACCCCUUUUUCAGGUUGCCUUACUGGCAUCUAUCGAUGGCGGUGGCAGAACCAUACUUACCUAUUGACCAAUUACAGCGGAACGCAACACCUCACCACUAUGCAGUGGCAGGUAUGGCUGCACCCUUGGAGUAUCUCGCUAGAGCGUUUUAAACAGGCCCUCGAUCGCUCGGAAGAGCUAAAGCAGAUAUUGCGACAACAUCAAAUCAAUGUUACCCGGGUGACUGUGUCCACCUUUAUACAUGGCCAAAAGGUAAUACACGCUGCUCAUGUAGUAGAGGUGGAAUCCGCCCAUCACUGGUGGGAUCUGUUCAAUGGGCUGUCAACUACGGCACGACGUUCCCUAUUUCCUCCGUUGUUCAUUUUAAUCGGAGUUUUAGUGAUUCUGACCUGUUGUAAUAUACUGACCUGUACGUAUGUUUGCCGUGUGCGGCAGCAACUGGAACAAAACAUGUACAUGUUAUAACAAUGUAUUGCUUAUUAUUAUGUAUUUGUAUAAUCGUUACAUGUAUUGGGCCAAUCAGUGGAAUGUAAUAUAAGGGGUUAACAUGGUGUCCCAAUACAUGCAAGAUUGGAUCCAGGCACCAGUUGACCUUGAACACAAGACGUUGCUAAGAGACUUCCUGUUAUCUACUGAAGGGAGUCGGAGCCGAAACCGCAUGGGAACAAUGCCCAGUACUAAACAAUGUGUUGGACGAGUGCCCAACGCGGACUCAGUGAACUCGGCAAGUAGCGCAUAUAUAAGCCUGGAAAGUCCCCAGUUCGGGGAGUCUGCUCCGGGUUAAGCUAAUCGCCGAGCGUGGGUCACGGGCGGCACCUCCGCAGAACUGACGGCUCCCAGUUCCAGUAAUUCGUGGAGUAAGUAUAUAGCCAAUUAUGCCAGACCCGUUGUGAGUAUCGGACCUGGUUUCUAUCCUAUGUAGGCUAGGUAGGAAACAAGCAAAAUAAAAUAA